AUGACUUGUCCUACGUAUUUCUCCUUAUCAAAACCAUGCACGCUCGUUAUUCCCUCACUGACACCACCACUAAAACCCACCACCCGCCGCCGCAACAAACUUCUUUCCUUCACCACCACUGCCACCGCUAUCCCAGCAACCGUAACAGCCCCGACCCGGAAAGACAACUCCUUGGAUACUUUCUUUUCCAGAUUUGACCCUCAUGAAGCCCGGAAAGGAGCGGAUGUCCUCGUCGAAGCCCUUGAACGUGAAGGAGUAAACCGCGUGUUCGCAUAUCCUGGUGGCGCGUCAAUAGAGAUCCACCUAGCGUUAACGCGCUCGAAAAUUAUAAACGUUCUCCCAAGACACGAACAAGGCGGUGCCUUUGCUGCGGAGGGUUAUGCACGCGCAUCUGGGAGAGUGGGCGUCUGCAUGGCAACUUCCGGACCUGGCGCCACAAAUCUCGUGACUGGCCUCGCCGACGCAAUGCUCGACAGUAUCCCUCUUGUUGCUAUAACCGGACAGGUCCCGAGGCCGAUGAUCGGCACCGACGCCUUCCAAGCAACACCAAUUGUUGAAGUCACGCGAUCGAUCACCAAACAUAGUUACAUAGUCAUGGAUGUUGAAGAUAUUCCACGAAUUGUUAAAGAAGCGUUUUCUAUCGCAUCGUCCGGGCGGCCUGGUCCGGUGUUGAUCGAUGUACCAAAAGAUGUGCAGGAAGAGCUCAUAGUGCCUAAUUGGAAUCAUAGUCUUAGACUUAGUGGGUAUUUCUCAAAACUUUCUAAGAGACCAAAGAUCGAACAGUUGGAGAUCAUAGUGAGACUGAUAAUGGAGUCCAAGAAACCUGUGUUGUACGUUGGUGGAGGAUGCGUCAAUGCGAGCGAGGAGUUGAAGCGGUUUGUGGAGAUUACUGGGAUUCCUGUGGCAAUGACACUGAUGGGUCUCGGGAAUUUCGAUUGUACACACGAAUUGUCGCUUCAUAUGCUUGGUAUGUACGGGACUAUGUAUGCAAAUUAUGCCAUUGACAAGUCAGACUUGUUGCUUGCGUUUGGGGUUAGGUUUGAUGAUCGGGUUACAGGAAAGGUUGAAGCUUUUGCUAGCAGAGCAAAGAUAGUUCACAUCGAUAUUGACUCGGCUGAGAUUGGAAAGAUCAAGCAAGCUCAUGUGCCUGUUUGUUCUGAUGUGAAAUUAGCUCUACAAGGAAUAAACAUGUUGUUGGAGGAGAAGGGAAUGAAGAAUAAGCUUAAUUUCUGCCCUUGGAUAAACGAACUCAAAGAACAGAAACUGAAGAAUCCUUUGACAUACAGAACAUUUGAAGAAGAAAUCCGUCCUCAAUAUGCAGUUCAAGUGCUUGAUGAAUUGACUAAUGGAGAAGCAAUUAUAACUUCUGGAGUUGGGCAGCACCAAAUGUGGUCUGCCCAGUUUUACAAUUUCAAAAGGGCUCGUCAAUUGAUAACCUCAGGAGGACUUGGUGCAAUGGGAUAUGGCCUGCCGGCGGCCAUUGGUGCAGCCGUUGCAAACCCGGAUGCGGUCGUGGUUGACAUUGAUGGUGAUGGAAGUUUUAUGAUGAACUUGCAGGAGUUGGCUACCAUAAGAGUGGAAAAUCUUCCGGUGAAGAUGAUGAUCUUGAACAACCAACAUCUUGGUAUGAUAGUUCAAUGGGAGGACUUGUUCUCUAAGGCUAAUAAAAGUCGAUCAUAUCUAGGAAAUCCAUUGAAGCAAGAUGAGAUAUUUCCUAACAUGUUGAAAUUUGCAGAAGCUUGUGAGAUUCCGGGAGCAAGAGUGACCAAGAAGAGCGAACUUAGAGAUGCAAUAAAGACAAUGUUGGAUACCCCUGGACCCUACUUACUUGAUGUUGUUGUUCCUCAUCAAGAACAUGUCCUUCCAUUUGUUCCAAGUGGAGGGACCUUAAAGGAUGCCAUAGUAUUUCAACAUUGUUAACUAAUAAAGGUUGGAAAUCUCUCGGAUUGUACAUAUUGAAAUAAUUCAAACGUUUGAACUUGAGUU